CUGCCAAAUUGCUUCAUAUGAUAACGUCAUGGGAACUAAGGUUGUGGGGCUCGUAUUGCAUGCAGCACUGAGCUGAGCUGCGCGUCUCAGAUUCUAAGUUCAGGACGGACUUAAACUUACAACAUUGAACCUACAACAUGUACCUAGUUGCCUAGGUACUAGCAUACAUACAUACAUAGUAGUAAAUAUCCUAGGUUAGGUAGAUACUAACCUACGAAAUCCAUUUCAAUUCAGCAAUCAUCAUAGUUACGAUUUCUCUAACCACAAAGUAUUCUUGUCAAAUGACUCCAAAUCAACAUGGCUAGUGAUACGACACCCCUUCUAGCCGAUGACCGUCGCGAGUCCGAAUCGCUGAGCGACUCCGACAAUGCACUCCGCGGACGAUCUACAGCUACACAUUCCGGUCGACCAUGGCACACUCGUAUACGGGAAGCCCUGUUGUUCGCCUGGGCACUCCUGGCUACCGCCGGUGUAUUAGUCCUCGCCGUUUGGGUAUCCCAUCAACAACAGACUUCCAUCGAUAAACCUGCCGGCAAGCGUAAUCUCGUAUUCAUGGUGUCUGAUGGCAUGGGCCCUGCCUCGCUGUCUCUGACCCGGAGUUUCAGACAAUACACAGACGACCUUGAGUACGGCGACACUCUCACACUUGAUAAGCACUUUUGGGGUACGAGCCGGACGCGGAGUAGUUCGUCUCUCGUAACCGACAGCGCCGCUGGUGCGACUGCUUUUAGCUGUGGAAUGAAAAGUUAUAACGGAGCCAUAUCUAUGCUGCCUGACUCUACGCCUUGUGGGACGGUGUUGGAGGCAGCCAAGAGAGCCGGAUACAAGACCGGUCUCGUUGUCACGACUGACAUUACUGAUGCCACCCCUGCUUGCUUCGCUAGUCAUGUCGAUGUGCGCCAACAAAACGAUGAUAUUGCAGUACAAGAAGUUGGAAAUGGACCACUCGGUCGCGUGGUAGACUUGAUGUUUGGUGGUGGAAGAUGUCAUUUCCUGCCAAAUGGGACCGAGGGAGGAUGCCGAGCGGAUAACGUCGAUGUCGUAGAGAUGGCCAAAAAGGAUUACGGUUGGAAUUAUAUUAACGACCGAGCAGGAUUUGAUGUGUUCUGGGAGGGCAAGAAAGAGGUGCCUCUUCCCAUGCUCGGGCUUUUUGCUGAUACGGAUAUCCCGUUUGAACUCGACAGGCGCAACAUGAAUGACGUCUACCCAAGUCUUAGCGAGAUGGCCAAAACGGCCCUGAGAGCUCUGGAGAAGGCGACUGAGGGCAGCGACAAAGGCUUCUUCCUAAUGAUUGAGGGGAGCCGGAUUGACCAUGCUGGGCAUGGGAACGACCCGGCUGCUCAAGUUCGAGAAGUUCUUGAAUAUGACAAAGCUUUUAAAGCCGUGGUUGAUUUCCUCGAAGAGAGUGACGUUCCGGGAGUUCUUGUCGCUACAAGUGACCAUGAGACUGGUGGACUAUCAGUGGCAAAACAGGUCAACGCCAAUUAUCCACAAUACUUAUGGUAUCCUGCCGUAUUAGCCAACGCCUCGUCUUCUUCGGAACAUCUUGCCCGCCUCCUUCAAAGACAUGUUGCUAGUGCCACUGAUAAGUCGACCGGCCAUCUUAAGAAGUAUAUAAAUGAGCAACUGGUAGUUGCUGGCCUUGGUAUCCACGAUGCCUCCGACGAAGAGCUCACGGUUUUGACAUCAAACCCCGGCCAGGCCCAGUAUUUGUUCGCCCGAAUGAUCAGCAUUCGUGCACAGAUCGGAUGGAGCACGCAUGGCCACUCGGCCGUAGAUGUCAACAUCUACAGUACUGGCGGUCCUGGAACAAACGCCAUCCGGGGUAACGUGGAAAAUACCGACGUAGGAAAAUACCUGAGGGACUAUCUCAACGUUGAUGUGGAUACUAUCACGAAAGAACUAAACGACAAGAUGGCCUCAAAGAGCAAAUUUGAGGCUACCAGAGAUGGGGACCAUUGGGCUGCCCACGAGCAGAUGGAAGCUCAACGAAAUGGUGUAAACAUAUAAGGAUCUACCUCAUCAAGUUAAACUGCUGUGAUUGCUAUUCCAUGUUUGUAUUUCGAAAUUGCCUCUUUCAUUCUUUUCUAGCGAGCACACACUGCAUGGUUAGGUACUUAGGUACUUAGGGUUAUUACUUGGCUACUUAGGAGACCAGAUAUAGGGAACAGACUCAUAGAUACCCCUUUGGAGGACCCGUAUAGAUGUAUAUCAUAUUAGCACAAAGUACUACUAUAUACAGAAGCUGGAUAGGUGUCUACCUAGGUG